GUUUUUUUAAGUAUAUUAUAUUAUUUCUGGCAGACUGUGAACCAGGCACAUUUGGAAUCAACUGUAGAGAGAAAUGCCAGUGUAAACAUGGUGGAAGAUGUGAUGUCAGAACUGGAGCUUGUCAGUGUCGUCCAGGAAAGAUUGGUCCUACAUGUAAUCAUGAAUGUCCACAAGGCUUUUACGGACAAGACUGUAAAAAACCCUGUCUCUGUCAAAAUGGAGGAUCUUGUGAUUCAGAAAGAGGAGUUUGUUUGUGUGCUCCAGGAUAUAUUGGUGAGAAGUGUGACAAAGUAUGUCCAAGUGGUCAGUAUGGAAAGAACUGUAAUUAUCACUGUCAUUGUGAACAAGGAGAAUGUGACCCAGAAACUGGACGAUGCCAGUGCUCAAAUGGUUAUAUGGGAAAUAGAUGUCAUCAAGAAUGUCCUUCAAAUACAUUCGGCCCAAAUUGUGAGCUAGAAUGUGGUUGUCAGAACAAUGGGGAAUGUGAUCCCGUCACUGGUUGGUGCAACUGUCCUGCUGGAUACUAUGGUCAAAAAUGUGAACAUGUAUGUCCCAAAGGAUGGUUUGGAAAGUACUGUCAGAAGCUAUGUGGAUGUCUUAACAAUGCAAACUGUGAUCAUAUGACUGGUCAAUGUCAUUGUUCACCAGGAUUCACUGGAGAUAAAUGUGAAAAAACAUGCUCUACUGGUCAUUACGGUGACGACUGCUUGUCAUCAUGUCAUUGUGGUAACCACAGUUGUGACUCGGAGACUGGGGAAUGUGUAUGUCCUCCCGGAAAGAAAGGGGCAUUUUGCAAUGAAGAAUGUCCACAUGGAAAAUAUGGUCCCAAAUGUUCAUUCAGGUGCCAGUGUUCCAAUGGAGAAAGAUGUCACCCAGUGACAGGCAAAUGCUUAUGCUCAAAUGGGAGGUUGGGACCCCACUGUGAACUUAUACUAAUUAACUUUUCAGAAACAUGGGAAUCUAGGAGCUAAGUCUACAGUCUCACCAGGCACAGCACUGCCAAUAUUGGACGACAACAGAUCUGCUAUCACAUUUCUUAAUGUGAUGAAAAUUCAACACUGUAAAAUAAUCUAUGAAAAAGUUCAUGUGACUGUUUCCUUUUAGACCUCUGUUUUGUCUUACAGUCCUUAACCAAUAAAUGUACCUCUGAAUAUUUCAUGUAUGUAUAAGAAGAACACUGUUUGUGAAAAGAAAUUUUGUGUAUACCAAAACCCUGUUGACAGUAUACUGAACUAAACAAUCGUUAUUUUAUAUACUUUCUGUUGUCACCAAUGAUUAUAUCUCAAAGUGUACUGUUUCUUUGUUGAAGUGGAACAAAUAUUAAGCAGUUAAAGUCCAUGCACAAAAUAAACACAAGUCUACUGAUCUGUACAGUGAAGCCAAGAUUAUAAACAUUUUUAAUAUAACUUUCAUUAGUAUGUGUCAUUAUAUGAUUUCCUCUAUGUUUCAGUGUUAUAAUAUCAUAUUGACUCAAAUAAUGUUGACACACACCCAGAUAUGUUUUGUCGCUUCUCUUUAAACCCAAACUCUGUGUUUUCCUUUCUUGUUUUAUUAUAAUAGUUAUCAAAGUAAACAACCAUACAUUCUAGUUUUAUUUAUCUAUGAAGAACAUUUCACAUGUUCUUGUUGUAUGCUUGUUUGACGAACUUCAGAUUAUUUGUUCUUUCUUAGUUAUAAAGGUAUGAAAUUCUAGAUAAAUACUUCAAAUCUGUAACAUAGGACUUAGGAAAAUACCUAAUUUAGUACCAAAAUGAAUGCAGAAUUCUUACAAGUGCAAGACCCCCAAAAGUUCUGAUCUAUGAUUAGACCAGCUUGUACAGAAUGUUAUCCUAGUUGUAAUCCAUAUUUUAAAAGUAAAAGUUAAUGAUUUACAAUAAGUUUUUUUAAUUAUGCAACUUCUAAAUGUUGCACAAGAUUUUGUAUGUUUAUCUUAAAGAAUAAGAUCCGAGUCUAAAAAGUUUAUCAAAAACUUUAUGCAGCAAGAACCGUAGAACAAAAGAGGUGAAGUUAUAGCCAUUUUAAUUAUCAUUUGAACUUUUUCAGUUGGUUUAUUAGCUAACACUAUCAGAUUCAUUAAUCAGUUACAGUUCUAAAGAUUUUCAGAUACUCUGAGCAUUAAGGAAUGGAUCUUAUAUCACUGUUAUUAAUUAAAAAUAAGUAUACGUAGGGUCAAGGAUGAAGUUUGGUUACUGUUUGGCUGAAUGGUAAAAACCUCGUGGUAAACUGAUGUUUUGUUUAAUAAACACGAGACAACAUCAUCCUGAAAGUCUGGAUCGUCAAAGUCUGCUACUUUUUGUUAUGCUCAGAUUUUAAAAUUAGGUUUUAUUAAAUAAUGGUUUGUUAAGAUAAAAGUUCAAAAUAAGUUUGUGUUCAUACACACAUCUUCACUUGCAUUAAAUAAGUUUGUGUUUAUACACACAUCUUCACUUGCAUUAAAUAAGUUUGUGUUUAUACACAUCUUUGCUUGCUUUAUGCCACGUUGAUUAUUGUGAGGUAAAUGUUUUUAUACAUUUCAAUGCUUAAAUUGUAGAAGAUUUAUAUCCUGUAUUUUUAAAAUGUUGAUGUUAUUUACUAAUAAAGAACAAUGUAAAUUGAUACUCUACUUGUAGGCAAUAAAAGCCCUUCUGCCUUACCUUUUUUUUUUUCUGUUUUCAAGUAGCAUGAUACUUUCUUCCAAGUGUUACAUGGAUAUUUUAUACUUAAUUUCUUUAUGUGCUAUACAAGUUUAUAGUGUGAUGAAUUACAUUUUAAAAUUUACGUUGGUCCACAUAUGAUUGUAAAUUUCAUCCUAAAUUAAUAAUAUACUUUGUUCUGCUUUUUCUUAAGUGUUGUUUUCCAGCUUUAGUAGCAGUUUAAAACCUGUUGUAAUUUACUGUUAUUUCAUAGUUUUGUUUAACCCAUAAGUUACUUUGUCUUAGUGGUCAAGUUUAAACAAAAAUGUUUUAAUUAUGCCAGUUAUAUACUUACAUAUAGAUUAUAUCAUUACUAUAACUGUUUGUUUGCAAAAAUUAGUGAUGAAAGCAGCUGCAUUGUUUUGGUAACGUAGUACUGAUCUUGUGGUUCCGUUAUAAGCUAAGUUUUUGUGUAUGUUACAUUGUUUGUUGUAGAAUUCACUUUGUAUAUAUGGUGGAUGUUAUUAUUGUCUAUUAACAAGACGCUUUAUAAUUCAGUACGUUUCAUAUAUUGUCUGUUGUAAUAUUAACAUGCAAGAAGUGGGUACACACCAUCUCACUUGUUGAUAAUGCAAAAAGUCUCCAAUUCAGUUAACACUUUCACAAGAACUAUACAGAAUUUAUUUUUUCACUGAUUACUUUUUUUAUUAUUAUAAUUUAGUUUUAUUUACUUGUAAUAUUAAAUAGAAACCUACAGUUUUAUUAACGUAUCUUAAAGCUAAUUAGAAUUUUUUAAAAGUCUUCACCCUUAUUAUAAUUUAAGUAUGCAAUGAACUUUAAGAAGAUGCUAUAGUUUGUACAAAUCAGGUAAGUGCUUAUAAAAUUGAAAUUAUUUUUAAACCUAAUUUUCUGAUGUUUCAGUUAUCACAUUAAAAAUACAGAGACUAAAAGCAAGAGCUCAAUGAUAUUGGAACAUUUUACAUUAAAAGAACGGGCCUUCAGUAUCAUUCAUUGUAUGAAGAACUUGUAUCAUGAUAAUUUAAAUAAAAAAGAUGUUUUCUGUGGGUUUUUCAAUAUUAA